AUGGUGUUCACACUGCACCCAUGCAGAGAGCACUACACGGGGACAGGAACAGGAAACGGGGACCUAAGAUACGUCCCUGAAACCGUCCCUAUUUUUUAUGCCGUCUCCGUCUUCCAUGGGACACUCCCGGGACGUUUCAGUGGCGUCCCCGAAGAGUACCAGUCCCCGGAACGUUUCCGGUACGGGAGACGGCAGCAAAAUGGCGUCCCCGUGCAUCAUAGGUAG